AUGAGCAUGCGCAGCACUCUGUCUCUUCUUCUCCUUCUAUGCCUCGCGCCCCUCCUACCGUCCGCCGCCCCCGGCGCCGGCUCACCCGACUACGCGCAAAACAACGCCCACCCCCUCCCCGCAGCAACGACAGCCAACUCCUCAAGCCCCGACUGCACAGAUCUCAGCAGCAGCACCGGCGCCAUGUACCCGAGCUGCUGGGACAGCCUGCAGAUGAACCAGUGGAUGUUCAACUGGAACUUCACGACCAAGACGUGCGAACAGGGGGAGAUAUGGUCGACGUGUUUCCUGCGGCUGGCGUACGGGAGCGCCGGGUUUGAUUGUUCGACGUUGGGGAGUUUGAACUGUUCGGCGCCGCGGCUUGGGGGCCCGGUCACGGAUGCGCAUGUGUUCUACGGGGCUUUUAAUAUCUACGCAAUCAACACCUACUUCACGACCUGGGAAAGCGCCCUGUACGCCCUCAAAUCCCAACCGGCCAUCGCGCAGCUGGCGCAAAUCCUCGGCGCCGACGGCCUCCCCCCGCUGACCACCUCCUCCCUGCUCGCGGCCACCGUGUCCAACUACGGCCUCGACGCCGCCGCCGACCAAGCCUUGGUGUCGAUACUGCCGUCGGGCCGCCGAGCGACGCGGCUGGACACGGACGUGACGUACUACUCGACGCAGCUGGCGGCGCUGCUGGGCCAGCUGCUGGGGGCCCUGAGCGGGGACUUUUUGAACGGGGAGUAUCUGGUGCUGGCGGACCACGGGCAGAUGAUGGCGUAUACGGGGGAGAGUCUGCAGCGGCUGGAGGCGAGUUUGGCGGGGGCGGUGGUGGAGAGCGUGACCGCGUUGGAGAAUGAUCCGUAG